AUGCUUGAGGUGGAGUUAUUUGAUGUGUGGGGUAUAGACUUCAUGGGUCUGUUUCCACCUUCUUUUGGUCAGGUAUACAUUCUCCUUGUAGUAGACUAUGUAUCUAAAUGGGUUGAAGCGAUUGCCACACCAACAAAUGAUGUAAAGGUGGUUUUGAGUUAUCACCCACAAUCAAAUGGGCAAGUAGAAGUAUCUAACAGAGAGAUUAAACAGAUUUUGGAAAAGACAAUAAAUAGCAACCGAAAGGGCUGGUCUCUCAAACUAGAUGACGCUCUUUGGGCAUACCAAACCGCCUUCAAAACACCAAUUGGAAUGUCACCUUACCGGUUGGUAUUUGGGAAAGCUUGUCACCAACUGGUGGAAUUGGAACAUAAAGCUUAUUGGGUUGUGAAAAAGUUGAACUUGGACAUGAAAUCGGCCGGUCCACAACGCUUGUUGCAGCUUAAUGAAUUAGAGGAAUUCCGAAAUGAUGCAUAUGAAAAUGAGAAAAUAUAUAAGGAGCGGACAAAAAUGUGGCAUGACAAGAGAAUCAUGAGGAGGGAAUUCAAGGCAGGAGAACGAGUUCUUCUAUUCAACUCUCGAUUGAAAAUCUUUCCGGGCAAGCUUAAUUCCCAUUGGUCGGGACCAUUUGUAAUUCGUAAAGUACUCCCGUAUGGUGCAAUGGAGUUAGUGAACAAGGAUGGAUCUACUUUUCAG